GGAACAAGCUGCGGAAAGAGGCUGAGUUUGUUUGGCUAAACCUGUGUCUGUCUGGUCUGGUCUGGUGAGGUAAGGUAUCUUAGAUAGAUAUAAGGGUGGUGGGGAGGUACCAUGCAUAUCUAAAAGGUUAAUUGUAUGAUGAAGCUAAAGUACUCCCUUCGUUCCAUAAUGCUUUGGAUCAAAUUUGGAACUGCAGAAAGAAGCUUAGGUCGUUCCCUCAACUUCUAAGUCUAUCUAGAAACUUAAUAUUGUACCCGUAUAUUACAUGGGAUAUAUAAGGGUGAUGGUUGGGACAUUGUGUAAAAAAAGAGAGAGGAGGAAUUAGAGGUCAACAAUGAAAGGAACAUAAAGUGGGACACUUAUUGGUGUACUUGUUAGUGAAAUAAAGCAAAUCCCCACAGAAUCAGCUGUCAGGGUUGAGGCGUGUCCGUCCAAAUAAGACCGAUCGACCAUCCAUCGGCUUCAGAAAGAUAGUGCUAAGAUACGUAUUAGCUAGAGGAGUAUAUAUUUCGAUUUCAGUGUGCAGACACCAUAGUGAUGCUGAUGAUGACAGUGAUGUCGUCUGCAGUGCAGCAUCAUCUCUCAACCGGAUGCGGACUCACGCAGCGCAGGUGGCAACGAACUAUGGGAGCAGAGCAGAGGAGAGGACAGGCGUAAGUUCCAAGCCCAUUUCUUCUUUUCUUCCUCUUCUUCUCCACGGCGGGCGGCAACUCCUCCUUGACGGUCACCGACAUGCUCCGGGACGGCGACGGCGCCAAGGUUGGGCUUGGACGGGCCAUGCUAAUUGUCUGGGGAGUAGAUUGCUUUGUGUGUGCUGAGAAAGCAAGUUUUUAGCUGAAUGAAGACCAAGGAGAUGAAGAGCAGGGUAGGAAGGAGUAGGACACAUCCAUACUCCAAAGACCAAAGAGAGGAGACCAGGCAUCAGCUUCAUAGGGCUGGGCAGGCGGCACAAAUGCCGCUUUGGUCUGCUGAUGGAUGUUGUCUGCCUGCAGCAUCUCUUAAUCGGAUGCAUGAUUGAUCGAGGGCGCAGCGCAGGUCAGCAGGUGCCAGGAAAAAAAAGAUAGAUGGCACAGCAGGUGGCCACCAAGCUCAAGCUCAAAGUGAAAGCUCCGUCUGAGAAGAGGAGAGGACACGCAGCAAGCUCCAAUCAACGGACACCCCAUGUCCAUAUUCUCUUGCUCCUUUUCCCAAGCAUUAUUAUUUGUCUACUGGUUUGUGCGGCUUGGCCCAACACAAGUAGACCCUCGACUCGACAUUCCUCCUCCUUCUCCUCUUCUUUAUAUGCAAAUCUGCAGUCAAAGUGGGAGUCCGGCCAGUCCACCCAUACACGCACGCAUGCGCGCGCGCCCAUGUCCUCCUCCUCUGCUCUCCCCCUCCCCCUCCCCUUCUUCUUCUUGCACCUCCUCCUCCUCCUGUUUCCGCCAUGCUGCACCGGCUGCUCCCGCCACCUCCUCCUCCACGCCGGCGCCAACUCCUCCUCCUCCUCCUCUCUCGCGGACAUGCUCCAGGUCCAGGCCGGCGACGGCGCCAACGUCACCGACGGCCUCAGGCGCUACCUCGCGCGCUUCGGCUACGCCUCCGUCCCUGACGACGCCGACGGCCAGCUCGUGGUGAGGCUCUACCAGUCCACCCUCGGCCUCCCCGUCACCGGCCGCCUCGACAACCGCACCCUCGACCUCCUCGCCACCCCGCGCUGCGGCGUCCCGGACCUGCACCUCCAACCGAACGCCACCGCCCGCUUCGCCUUCUUCGAGGGCCAGCCGCGCUGGGCGCGCCAGCCGGGCCACUUCCUGCUCACCUACGCCGUCGUCUCCUCCUCGCCGCCCUACCAGCCGCUCCCCCUCCCGCGCAAGGCCGUGCGCAGGGCCUUCCGCCGCGCCUUCGCGCGCUGGGCGCGCGUCAUCCCGGUGCGGUUCCGCGAGACGCGCGACUACAACAUGGCGGACGUGCGCGUGGGGUUCCUCGCCGGCGACCACGGCGACGGCGAGCCCUUCGACGGGCCCCUCGGCGUGCUCGGCCACGCCUUCUCCCCGCCCAGCGGCCAGCUGCACCUCGACGCCGCCGAGCGCUGGGCCGUCGGAGACAUGGCCGACGCGGACGCCGGCGCCGUGGACCUCGAGUCGGUGGCCACGCACGAGAUCGGCCACGUUCUUGGCCUGGCGCACUCGUCCGUCCCGGACGCCAUCAUGUACCCGAGCCUCAAGCCGCGGACCAGGAAGACGGAGCUGACCCUGGACGACGUCCGCGGCGUGCAGGCGCUCUACGGCUCCAACCCGCGGUUCAGCCUCAGCUCCCUCUCAGAGCCCGACACCUCCUCCGCCUCCCCCGCGGCGGCCUACACCAAUACCAGGUCGCCCGGGAAGACGACGACGGCGACGGCCAUCCCGCUCCUAUUGCUCGUCGCCAUCACACUCCUCUGCUAGCUUGAUUAAGCUCUGCUAGCCUGCUAGGUAGAUACAUAUCAUACGCUACUGUAGACAUGAGUGCAUGACACGUCGUAAUUAAUUUGUGAGACUGAUCGAUCGGCCAGGAUUUUAUCAGGUGGGUCGAUCGAGUUUCUCAUGUGUUUUCUUCGGGCCGGUGGGGUGGUUUAGAUUGCUUUGAAUUGAAGAAGCAAUUUAUUCCGAUUGGAUAUAUUUAUACAACAAGAAGGGGAAAGAGAAAUGAGAAAGCACAAGUUAAGAAGCAUGUCGUGGUACUACUUUGUUGUUUCUGAAGCUAACAGGACAGAUGAGCAACAUUUUCUUUC